GGACCUUUUGGUCAGCAUGUCGUUUCCUAAGGCGCCCCUGAAACGAUUCAAUGAUCCUUCUGGUUGUGCACCAUCUCCAGGUGCUUAUGAUGUCAAAACUUCAGAAGUUUUGAAAGGACCAGUAUCCUUUCAGAAAUCGGAAAGAUUUAAAAAACAAAAAGAAUCUCAGGAAAAUCUUAAUGUUGACAAAAAUCCUACCUUGCCUGCUUCAGCUAGAAAAGUUAAGACUUUGGAAUCAAAGAAGGAAUCUCAAAAGAAUGGCAAAGCUUUGAAGAUAUUAGAAAAAGAGAUUCGUGUUCUUGUGCAGGAACGUGGGACUCGGGACAGGCAGAUUCAGGAUCUAGAAACUGAGUUAGAGAAGAUGGAAACAAAGCUAAAUGCUGCAAUCAGGGAAAAAACCUCUCUCUCUGCAAAUAAUGCUUCACUGGAGAAACAGCUUAUUGACUUGACCAGGAUUAAUGAGCUUCUAAAAUCUAAGUUUUCUGAAAAUGAUAACCAGAAGAAUUUGAGAAAUCUAGGCCUGGAGUUAAUGAAACUUAAAAACAAAAGAGAAGCAAAGAUGAAGGGUAUGAUGGUGAAACAAGAAGGCAUGGCGAUGAAGCUGCAGAUCACGCAGAAGAAUCUUGAAGAGUCUCAGGGGAAAAUAGCCCAACUUGAGGGGAAGCUUGUUUCAAUAGAAAAAGAAUGGAUUGAUGAAAAAUCUGAAACAGAAAAACUCUUAGAAUACAUCGAGGAAAUUAGUUGUGCAUCAGAUCAAGUGGAAAAAUAUAAGCUGCAUAUUGCCCAGUUAGAAGAAAAUUUGAAAGAGAAAGAUCAUGAAGUAUUAAGCCUUAAGCAAUCUCUUGAAGAAAAUAUUAUGUUAUCUAAACAAGUAGAAGACCUGAAUGCUAAAUGUCAACUGCUUGAAAAAGAAAAAGAAGACCUCAUCCACAAGGAUAGAGAACGGGGAGAAAAUCUAAAUAUUGAAAUGCAAAACUUAAAGGAGAAAUUUAUUCUUGAAAAACAGGAAAAUGAAAAGCUUCAACAAAAAGAAUUACAAAUUAAUUCAUGUCUACAACAAGAGAAGGAAUUAUCUUCUAGUCUUCAGCAAAAGCUAUGUUCUUUUCAAGAGGAAAGGAUUCAAGAGAAGAAUCUCCUUGAGGAACAAGUAAAGCAAGCACUGGAUGAGCUUGAUAAAUUACAACAAAAGGAGGAACAAACUGAAAGGCUCGUCCAGCAACUGGAAGAGGAAACAAAAUCUAUAGCUGAAGAGCGAAAUCUCCUAGAAGAAAAGAUAAAAGAGUUUUUGAUCUUUCAGUUUUUCAUUCCUGCCCUUCCCCAAGCCACCCUCCUCAUAUCUCUAAGUCAUCUAUACACUUACUUAGACACUUUUAGUGGCUUCCCUUUGUCCUUCAGGUAUAAAACAUUAACAGCUGGUGAGAUAGAAGAUCUUAAGCUGGACAACACUUCCCUACAAGAAAAAGUGACUAAGGCUGAAAAAAGUGCAGAGGAUGCUCAACAUAAGAUAUUGGCAACUGAGAGUGCAAAUCAAGAAUAUGCAAGGAUGCUUCUAGAGCUGCAGACCAAGUCAACACUUAAAGAAGCAGAAAUUAAAGAAAUCACAGUUUCUUCUCUUGAAAAAAUAACUGAUUUGCAAAACCAACUCAAGCAACAAGAUGAGGACUUUAGGAAACAACUGGAAGAUGAAAAAGCCAGAAAAACUGAAAAUGAAAAUACAAUGGCAGAAUUGACUGAAGAAAUUAAUAAGUGGCGUCUGCUUUAUGAAGAACUGUAUAAUAAAACAAAACCUUUUCAGCUACAACUGGAUGCAUUUGAAGCAGAGAAACAGGCAUUGUUGAGUGAACAUGGUGAAGCUCAAGAACAGCUAAAUAAAAUAAGAGAUUCAUAUGCUAAAUUAUUAGGUCAUCAGAAUUUAAAACAAAAAAUCAAGCAUGUUGUGAAAUUAAAAGAUGAAAAUAGCCAACUCAAGUCGGAGGUAUCAAAACUCCGCUCUCAGCUUUCUAAAACAAAACAAAAUGAGAAAAAACUUCAGGAAGAAUUGAAUAAAGUUCUGGGUAUCAAACGCUUUGAUCCUUCAAAGGCUUUUCAUCAUGAAAGUAAAGAAAAUGUUGCCCUCAAAACCCCAUUAAAAGAAGGCAACACAAACUGCUGCUGAGUUCCUAUGGAGUGUCAAGAAUCAUUCAAGCAAACAUCUGAAAAUCCUGUUGAAGAUAGCUUCAUUCUUGUUAUUGUUGUAAUUAUGUUUGAAAUGGUAUUUUAUAAUGUAUUUAAUCUUAAUUUUCCUAUAUAAGUGAAAGAAAUAUUGUUUACCAAAAUGUCUUGACAUUUCUAUUGUACAUACUUCCACCAUGAUUCUAACCUUUGUCAUCUCAUUCUGAAUCUUCUUACUGGCUUUCCAGCUUACAAAGCAUCCU